UUACUUUCCCGUGUUAGUGCUUCCUGUUAGUACACGUGUGUGCGGGGUUGUACAGGAGUUGAAUUGUUGGUUCGGUUCCGGUGCUGCACAAUGAAGCCGAGAAGAAAUCGGAAGCAAGCUCCAAGUUUCCGCAAGCUGCUAAAAACCAGCAAGAUCAAACUUGAUAACAAGUUAAAAAACAAGCAGUAUAAGCAGGAGAGUUCUUUAAAGAAACGCAGGAAAGAGCAGAAGAAACUCCGGGAAGCUGUGCGAGAUGUUUCCUCCAAGACCCCGGUGCCACUGGAUCGGCCACACAAGAAGCUUUCGGCUGUUGAAGAGCAUGAGCAAGAUGAUGAUGCCCUCCCCUUGGACAUGAUUGACGAGGAUGACUUGCAGCUAAUGAAAGAAAUGGCUCAGAGAGCGUCGUUCCUGACCCGAGACCUUUCUUACAGUGAGCCAAUCCAUGCCAACAAAAGAAAACAGGAGAAUGUGAUUGAUAAGUAUGAGAAGAUGCCAAGGCGGAUGAAAAUGGAGUCCGAGAAAGAAGUCAUCCACCUCCUGCCCAUCAAAGAUAAAAGUGGUAUCAUUCCCCAGAGCAUUGAGAAGCCAGUUGUUCAAACUGAGGCAGAAGAGGAGGAAGAGGAGAUGGAAGUUCAGGAAUCUGGAGAAGAACCCGAAGAGCCACAGCGUGUAUUUACCACAGAGGAGCUGCUGCAUCAGAGGAGAGCCAAGCUGGAGGAGCGGAAGACCCAGAUUGCUACGCUAGCUUCUUCUGUUCUCGCAGAUCCGGAGAACAGUAUUAAAAAACUGAAAGAACUGAGGUCCAUGCUGAUGGAACAAGACCCUACCGUGGCUGUGACUGUCAGGAAACUUGUUCUUAUAUCGCUUAUGGAAGUUUUUAAAGACAUUGCGCCAGCCUACAAGAUUCGACCUCUAACAGAAGAGGAAAAGGCAACGAGAGUAAAGAAAGAAACUCAGAAACUCAGGGAGUUUGAAGAAGGUUUAGUCAGCCAGUACAAGUUUUAUUUGGAAAAUUUGGAGCAGACAAUAAAAGACUGGAAGCAAAUGAAGGCCAAGAAAAGUGAGGUGGUCUCACUAAAGUCUUACAAAGGGCUGGCGGAGGUGGCAGUGAAAUGCUUAUGUGAGCUGAUGAUAUCAUUGUCGCACUUCAACUUCCACAAUAACAUCAUCAUUUUAGUUGUUCCUCUCAUCAAUGACAAAUCCAAGCAGAUUGCAGAUAUCUGCAUGGAGGCGGUGAAAAAGCUUUUCAGACACGAUAAGGUUGGCCACGGUUCCCUGGCCGCCGUAAAAAUCAUUUCCGGCUUGGUGAAGAGCAGGAACUACGACGUUCGCCCGGAGGUACUCAACAUCUUGCUUCACUUACGGAUCAAGGAGGUAGAAGUUAAGAAAGAUGCAGAGGAUAUUAUUAGAAAACAAAAGAUUAUGACUUACAAAGAAAAGAAGAAGAAUCUCUCAAGAAUGCAGAGAAAGUGGAAGAAAGCGGAAGAGAAACUGGAGCGAGAGCUACUGGAAGCCGAGGCUUCGGAAAACAAGGAGAAGAAGCUGAAGCUGCAUACAGAGACAUUGAACAUUGUUUUUUUAACCUACUUCAGAAUACUGAAGAGAGCUCAGAAAUCUGUUCUGCUUCCUGCUGUUUUGGAAGGUCUUGCAAAGUUUGCCCAUUUAAUCAACGUGGAAUUUUUUGAUGAUCUCAUCGCAGUCCUUAAUAAUCUCAUCGAUUCUGGUGAUCUUAACUACAGGGAAAGUCUGCAUUGUGUUCAAACCGCAUUUAAUAUCCUUUCUGGUCAAGGUGAUGUUCUCAACAUUGAUCCCCUAAAAUUCUAUACUCACCUCUAUAAAACAUUAUUUGGACUUCACGCAGGUGUUACCAAUGAUGACACUUUGAUAGCACUUCAGUGCAUGGAAGUGAUGCUCACCAAACGCAGGAAGCAAGUAUCCCAGCAGAGAGCGCUUGCAUUCUUAAAGCGUCUUUCUACGCUAGCCCUGCACGUCCUCCCAAAUUCAUGCAUUGGGAUCUUGGCCACCAACAGAGGAGUCAUGCAAACAUUCCCCAAAACAGACAUCCUUCUAGACAAUGAUUCUCAAGGCAGCGGCAUCUACCUACCAGAACUUGAAGAACCAGAAUACUGCAAUGCCCAGAAUACUGCAUUGUGGGAGCUUCACUGCUUACAGAGGCAUUAUCAUCCUGUAGUACGAGUGUUUGCAGCUCACCUUUGUGCCGGGGCACCAUCUGAAGGAUCGGAAGCUCUCAGGCCAGAAUUAAGUCGCAAGUCUACAGAGGAACUUUUUGCAAGUUUCUCUAUUAAUGGGAUGACGUUUAAUCCUCCUGUUUCAGAAUCUGCUCACAAGAGAAAGGCUAAGGUUAAAGUUUAUAAUCUGGCGGAAGAUUUACAUGAGCUAAUUCAGACACACCUUGAAAAGGUACCUGCGGCACAGCUGGACUUUUCAUCGCAUUUGAAGGCACAGGCUACUUGAUUCAUGUGGGACUGAUGACAUCUAGGUUGUAAGAAAAAUUCUAUUUAAAGCUAUUCGUUGAAAGGGAAAAAGGACCCCGUGCCAUUCAAAUCGGGAAUAGCGCUGGUUAUCUUUCUACUUACAUCAGGAUUUAAAUUUGAAGACGGAAAAGAACUUGGUGUGAAAGCAAAAACCUAAAAUAAAAUGUCUUAUUGUGUAAAGUGCUCGACGACUGGCCUCCACGUGCAGACAAAUGUUUUAUUGUUAUGAUAAAAGUAAAAAAAUGAUUUUUA